AGGUGAUCAACAAUGACAGGAACCGAGAGAAAAGUUUUCCAGAAAUACUAUCCACCGGAUUUCGAUCCAUCAAAAAUACCACGAGCAAAGGGACAGAAAAACAGACAAUUCGUUCAACGUGUUAUGACACCAUUUAACAUGCAAUGCAAUACAUGCCAUGAGUAUAUUUAUAAAGGUAAAAAGUUCAACAUGAAGCGUGAAACGGCUGAAGGAGAAACGUAUCUCGGUUUGAAACUGUUCCGAUUCUAUUUCCGAUGUCCUAAUUGCCUCGCUGAAAUUACUUUCAAGACUGAUUUGGAAAACUGUGAUUAUCAGAAUGAGCAUGGAGCAACAAGACUUUUUGAAGCUGUCAAACUUUACCAAGAUCAACAAAAACAAGUGGAUGAACAAGAAGCAGAAGAUGCGAAGGAUCCCAUGAAAAUGCUCGAAAAGAGAACAAUGCAAAGUCGUCAAGAAAUGGAAGAAAUGGGAAAUCUGGAAGAUCUUCAAGAAUCAAGCAGAACGAAAGAAUGUAUCGACACCAUUGGUUUCUUGUCGUCAACUGAUCCUCAUAUCGCACAAGCUCAGAGAAUUAAAAUGAUGGAGGACGAGGAUGAUCGAAUGGCAAGAGAACUCAUGGGAAUCACUUCAGAAGGACGAAUCGAGCGACGUAUUAAGGAUGAUGAGGAUAACUCAGAUGGUGCAGAUGAAGAUGAUAAAGAUAUUCCUGGUCCAAGCGCAUCGGUUGUUCCAUCUACUUCUUCCAUGCUUAAACCAGCGAUCCCGAAACUUGGAAUGGAUGAUUCAGGGAAUUCAAGAAAACGAAAUGAGCAGAGAGAUCGAUUCGCGGGAAUAAAAUUGAUCAAAAAAGCGAAGCCAUCUGAACCUUCUACAUCUUCUACUGCUUCAUCUACAUCGUCGGCUCCUCCUCCGCUACCAUCUUCAGCUGCUUCAUCGGGACUUUCACUUCUCGCAGAUUACGGAUCUGGUUCUGACUCUGAUUAACUCUUUUCUGUAGAUAAUUUUCAUUCUUUCGAAUUGAAACAAAAAAUCAAUUAUAAAUUUCAUUCCAAAAAGU